AUGAAUGCCACUCUUAUUUCCUACUCUCCCAUCACCGUCGAGCCAAAGGAGGUGAAGGUGUACUACGAGUCGAACUACAACAUGUUGAACAAUUACACAGCAUCACUCAAUAUAGGUGCAGGGUUCAUUGCGUUGGUGACCUUGUUCAUGGUUGUGUCAGGUAUUGCCAACUGGGCGGUAUUGUUAUGUCCUAGGUUGGUCAUGCGCCUUAAUGGAUCCUUAUCCAAGGCGUUGAAAAGGCACAUUACCCUUCCGGCUAUGUAUUCCACAAACAAGAACGUACCACCCAAGCUUUUCGGCCUUCCCCAUGGACUCCUUCCUACCCGAGCCGAGUCAUUGAUUAUUUUUCUGCUCUGGGUGUACAUGAUUUUGGGAAGCAGUAUUGGGUUCCAUCACGUUAGCGGCAACCCUAUGUGGAAUGGAGCCCAGUCUGAAAUAGGACAACUUAUCGGUGAUCGGACGGGUAUGUUGGCGCUCUUUGUCUAUCCAAUGCUGAUCUUGUUUGCGUCAAGGAACAAUAUCUUGAUGUUCUUCACCCGAUGGAGCUAUGCCAGAUUCAAUACCUUACACAGACACAUGGCUCGUAUCUUUCUUGUAUUGGUUAUUGCUCACGGCAUUGCCAGGACCAUUAACUUGUUUGGAGUUUCAACCGCCAAUUACAGGAGCAGUAUGACAGGUUACGUCUUGUGGGGUAUUGCCGCAGCCAGUUGCAUGGGGCUUAUUGUAAUUCAAUCCAUACUCGUCUUGAGAAGAAAAUCCUAUGAGGCCUUUUUGAUUGUGCAUAUUGUGCUUGCAAUUGCUAUUUUGAUUUCUAUCCAUUACCACAUCAACUCCUUUGGUUACCAGGGCUUUACCUGGGUUACCAUUGGUAUUUGGGGAUUGGAUAGGGUUAUCAGAUUGAUUCGCAUGUUUAGCUUUGGCAUAAAGGAGGCGAACGUUAAGUUGAUCGCCGGUGAAACCGUGAAGGUGACGGUGCCAAAGCCAAAGCACUGGAAUGCAAAGCCAGGUCAGUAUGCGUUUGUGUCCUUCAUGAUGCCAGCUUGUUUCUGGCAGUCCCAUCCCUUCACGAUGAUUACCGAAACAGAGUCUGAACUCAGUUUUGCCAUCAAGGUCAAAGGUGGUGUCACCCUGAGCUUGUACAAGCACUUGGUUUCCAUGCCUUCUCAGACUGCAACCAUCAAGAAGUACAACCAGUCGUUGUUGAUGGCGUCGGGUAAUGGUAUCCCCGGUAUGUACGAUCAUGCCAUGAGAUUGGAUGCCACCAACGCGAAACACUCUGUCAAGUUGGUCUGGGUUAUGAGAAACUACAUGUCUCUUUCUUGGAUGUACGAAGAGAUGAAGAAGUUGGGAAGUACCAAGGUUGAGACCAUUGUGUACGUCACCAGACCUAAUGAUUUUAUAAGGAAAAACCUUGAACUUUUCGGUAGUGAUUCUGCUGGUUCUGAGUCGGACAAAUACGACAAGGGUAAGGAAGAGGUCAAAGUAAAGACCGAGAUAAACAGUGUGCAUAAGUUGCAGGAGAGUUUGCCACACAUCGAGUUCAGAGAGGGCAGGCCAGAUAUUGACGGUAUCAUCGUAGAUGAGAUUUCCCUGGCCCAAGGAAGGAUUGUGGUGUGUGAUGUGUACGAAAUCUACACCUCCCAAGACUACGCCGUCAUGGCGUGCUCCGGGGUUAUCGAGGCAACAACCACCUUUUGCUCGAAAAAAGCACACAUCGUCGGGAACUGCUACUGCGCUAGUGUUCCAGAAAUGGGAUCGCUCUUGACGUGUUUGCACGACAUGGGCUACUAUAAUGACAAGAUGGUUGCGUACCUCGGAGAUGCCUGCACUGUAAACUACCCAAACACCACGUUGGAUGCUCAAUUCUUCGACGCCGUCUACCAGAAUGCGUCCAAGUACAUCAUCACUCCACCGGCCGAUAUGAAUGCCACUCUUAUUUCC